UUGGUCUCCUCUGCUCCUCUCCUCCUCUCUCGCGCUCCGGGGGGAGAGAGAGGAUCAUAAAGCGACUAACGGCGCUGACAGCGCGUGCGGCCUCCGGUGUGCGCGCGCGCUCCCCUCCACCGACAUCGAGCCAGAUGCGCGCGGAUACCAGAUUCUCCCCGUUUUCCAGGCACCGCUUUCUCAGAUUUCAUCUCUUUAUCACGAAUCCUCACGCCUGAUCAGCCGAGUAACGACACCAGGCACCGAGGCGCGCGCGGUUUGUUUUGUUGUUGGAAGCUGAAUGACGGGCGGCCGGUUCGACUUCGACGAUGGCGGAACGUACUGCGGAGGCUGGGCGGACGGCAAAGCCCACGGGCACGGCGUCUGCACCGGCCCCAAGGGCCAGGGCGAGUACUCGGGUUCGUGGCGCAACGGCUUCGAGGCGGUCGGCGUUUACACGUGGCCCAGCGGCAACACGUACAAGGGCCACUGGGCGCAGGGCAAGCGGCACGGGCUCGGUGUGGAGGCCAAGGGUCGGUGGCUUUACCGGGGAGAGUGGAGUCACGGGCUGAAGGGGCGCUACGGUGUGCGCCAGAGCCUCAACACCUCCGCCAGGUACGAGGGCACGUGGAGUAACGGGCUGCAGGACGGCUACGGAGUCGAGACCUACGGGGACGGGGGAACGUUUCAGGGCCAGUGGAUGGGCGGGAUGCGUCACGGUUACGGCGUGAGACAGAGCGUGCCGUACGGCAUGGCUGCGGUCAUCCGCUCACCUCUGCGCACUUCCCUCGCCUCCCUACGCAGCGAGCAGAGUAACGGCUCCGUCCUGAACGAGCGUUCUUCGGAGAGUCCGUCUGGGACGCGUGGCGGCUUCGUGCUCAACGUCCACAGCGAUGGCGAGCUCAGCUCGGGCAGGAAGAAAGGUCUGUUCCGGCGUGGCUCGCUGUUCGGCAGCCUGAGGCAGCUGAGGAAGUCGGACUCACGUUCGUCCAUCUCCAGUAAGCGUAGCUCGGCACGCAGCGACGCUGCCAUGAGCCGCAUCAGCUCCAGCGACGCCAACUCCACACUCAGCUUCGGAGAGGACGAGGACAACGCUCCGACCGAGGACAACGUGGAUGCCACCACGACUGAGUCGUACAUGGGAGAGUGGAAGAACGACAAGCGUAGCGGCUUCGGCAUCAGCGAGCGAUCCAACGGCAUGAAGUACGAGGGCGAGUGGGCCAACAACAAACGCCACGGCUACGGCUGCACCGUGUUCCCCGACGGCACCCGCGAGGAGGGCAAGUACAAGAACAACGUGCUCGUCAGGGGCAUCAAGAAGCAGCUCAUUCCCCUGAAGAACGCCAAGACCAAACAGAAGGUGGAGCGCGCCGUGGAAGGGGCGAUCAGAGCGGCCGCCAUCGCCAGGACGAAGGUGGAGAUCGCCACCUCCAGGACGGCUCACGCCAGAGCCAAAGCUGAAGCUGCUGACCAGGCGGCGCUGGCAGCGUGCCAGGAUUCAGAGGUGGCUCGUGCUGUAGCUCGAGAACUUUCACCCACCUUCCGCCAGCCAGGCCCUGAUUACAUCAAGCAAAAGUUCUCCAGUGAACCGAUAGAGAUUAAAGAAGUCAUCGAAGAGAAAAAAGAGAAAACCCCCUCAGGAAGCCCACAUUUCUAUCGCAAGGGCACUACACCCACCCAAACACCCACCCACAGCCCGGGCCCGACUCCUCCUCCCUCACCUCCGUCCAACAAGAAGAAGUCCUUCUUCAACCGAAGCGCACCAAAGUCUACCAAAGAGAGCGUAGUUGAGAGCCUAGCGGCCAGCGUCGUCCCCAGAACCGCCCCCAGGGUCCUGGCCAAACAGGAAGUGAAGCAGGAAGUGGUUUCUUCUUCUUCCCUCAUGCCCUACAAACCCACGGCGCCGGUCGCCAACUCCUCAAGUCCCGGAAAUGGUGAGGUCCAUUCACAGUACCACAGCUACUUUGUGAAGGCGGAAGUGUCCAUCCCACCUGAGGAGCCGGAGGAAGAGGUGGAGGAGGAAAAUCCAGAAAGUACAACUGCCCUCGCCAGGACUCCGGCUCCUGUCAAGCAAUACACACGUGCCCCUACACCCUCCCUGCCCCCUGCCAAGCUUGCCACCUCCAGAGACAUCAAACCAGAGCCCAAGCUGAAAAAACAGGAUUCUCUGAAGCCAAAGAGUCUAUCAGAAAGUAAGAAAGCAAGCAUGGAGAUCACCACGGACGUGGUAGAGGAAGAAUCAGGUCCUAACUCUAUACUGGUGGCAUUAGUGAUGCUAAUAAACAUCGGGCUAGCGAUUAUUUUUGUCCACUUCUUGACUUGAUACAUCAUCAAACUCAGCUUUGCAGGUCAAGCUCUUCUGACGUGUAAUUCUGACGGUCUGAUUGUUUGGCCUUUACAGCGAGUUCUUCAGGACGUGCGGCGUAGGCCACGUAAUUCUCUGCGCUGGUGUGGACGGCCUUUAGAACACGCCGCUCAGACUCAGACACAGGCAAAGGACGACUGGACGACUGGAAUUAAGAGCGAAAACACGGUGGAGGGAAAAAACGCCGAGUCCCGUAGCCGAGCCCAACCAGGUCCCCCGCCACCCCGCCCCCAACCCCCAGCCCCGCCCCAUCCUGACCGUGAUUUACGACUCGCUUGGGCUCUGUGAAAGCUGAAGCAAGCACAGUCGCUGGUAAAAGAGGGUGGGGGGAUAAAAAUAAAAAAUGUGCUGAGCCAAGCCGUACCCAGUGUGAAAUGCAUGGACGGCCUGUUGGAGUGUGUGUGUGUGUAUGUGAGUGUGUGUGUGUGUGUGUGUAUGUGAGUGUGUGUGUGUGUGUGUUGGUGAGGAGGGGGAUAACUGGAUACGUUUGGCGAUGCACUUUUAGUUGACGGAAGCGAACAGCUGCCUUACAAUUUUACCCUCUGACGUUGUCAAGGAGGGGUGUGUGUGUGUGUGUGUGUGCGCAGUAGGUGGUAAGAGUGUGUGUGUGUGUGUCUUCAUUCUGAUCACCGUGAAACACCGUGCCCAUUUUAAAAAAAGAGGCACUCGCCAGUCUUAUUGCAUUACCCGUCUCUGAAGCCUUGUCGAAGCACCUGCUCGUGUUUUAGGAGAUUAGCGAAUUCCACGCCAGGGUGUGGUACAGAUUCAACAACCAUGUCUUCAGCUUGGUUCUUUUUGUGUGUGUUUCUUCGUUUAGUUGAAAUAUUUAUAAAACAAAAACAAAUGGUGUACAUUUUUGUCCCCUUCCUCUGUGACCGAAUUGGUUAACGGCUAACGGACGCAGAUCGCAUUACGAGCAAUAUUUUAUCUCUGGCGAUUAGCCCACCGUUCGAGGUGAAUAUCUUUUAAUCGGUUCACGUGGAAACCAUCACGUGGAAGUGAGCAGCUGUGGUGAUGUGGUGAAGUUCCAUUUGUAAAAUUAGGAAGGUAUCGCUCUGAUACGCGGGUGUUGUAUAAUAGCUAUAGGACAUUAUGCAUGGUGUUUGUUGGGUUUAUUUAUUUAAUUAUUAUUAUUUAUUGUUUUCGGUUAAUAACUGGUUAUUGCACUGGAUUUUUGCACACGUAGAGGUCGGAGCCUGCGCGGUCACGGCCCUUCUUCCUUCGUCACCGUCCGUAACCCCGAAGCGUGGUGUCGAAGGGAUUCAGGAGGAGCGAGCGAAUGUAGUCAGAUGCCUUAAAGGACUUUUUAAAAACAGUGUUAGAGUUUACCUCGGCGGAAAAAAAGUAGUGAUUUUGGACUUUUGUCUUAAUUCAUUGGAGUUUUUAUUGAAUAAAUCUAUUAUUAAUCUGUAGUAUAUUUAUUUAUGUGGUGGUGCAUGAAGCUGUGGUUUUAUUUUAAUCUGUACACGGCACUUUUGUGCCUGUAUUUGAAUAAAAAAAAUAUAUAAAUAUAUAUAUUUUAUAUACACAAUAUGAAUAUAUUUAGUCAGUCGUUGGAAAUUUUAUUGUUAUAUCAGCACAUGGUUUUUCUUCUUAUUCGUGUGCAUGGUAUAAUUUGGAGAUAGAAUUUUUUAGACACAUAAUUUGAAGUAGGCAUGUGUGAGUAAUCAGCGAUACGAUACACUGCGAUAUUCGUCACUCACCGGAUCGUCAGUGUGGACACACUGCCACAAUCUGACCACUUUUUAUUUUCUUUAUAAAAGCCCGUUAUUUUUUCCUUAUCCGAUAAAUUUCUGUCCAAUUAUCUUUUUCUUCUCGGUUCUCAAGAUAUAAAAGUGUAAUAUCGUCACACGCCUAGUUGGAAAUGUGGUUUUGUGAGUGUGUGUGUGUGUGCUGUGUGUGUGUGUGUGUCUGUGUGUGUGUGUGUGUAUUUGUGUGUGUGUGUGUGUUUGUGUGUGUGUGUGUGUCUGUGUGUAUUAACAUUAAGUUUUCUUCAGACUGUAAUAGCAUGUGAUCAGGAAAGAAGGAUGAAGGAAGGAAAGAGAAGAGCACCGGAAUGAAAAUAGAGAGAUUUUGUUCUUUUAACUUUUGAUAUUUUAAAAAAGAUUUAAUUUCUAAGGCGUGGCUGUGUACGUGGAUGUGUUCAUAUUUUGAUUUAAUCCCAAACAGAAGCAAAAAAACAAUUAGAUCUUAAAUAAGAUCCCCAGAUCAUUUCACUAUAAACUCCAUAUUUUUACGCAUUUAUACAAAGUUCAGCGAAAUUUGUCCGUAUUUUUCUAAUAAAAAAAAAACAGCGGAGCGUCUGUGUUUUACUGAAACCUUCUCUGACUGUAUUUACAUUUAACAGUAAAAAAGUCUUCAGAUAUAUAUUUUAAAGUUUUCAUUUUUAAGAAACAUCGAUGAACAUUUCAGUAUUGACCUUCCCCUUUUUUUUGUUUGUUUGUUUUGGAACUUGUUUAAGUUAAAGUAUGUUACAAUAAAAUAUUGUCAAUUUUUAUGUAUGAAAGUUUCAUGUUUCAAUCCGUAAAAGUUUUCCAAAAAGGGAAAAGGCGGAUGACCGGUGAAGGGGACACAUGAGCGCUGAAAUCAGAACAUUUUAUUUAAAUAAAAAAAAUGUAAAUAAAUAAAUUAAUAAAUAAUCAAUUUAAAUAAAAAAGGAUGAAAAUG